AUGCUCCAUAGCUCUUCCAUCGAUAUACAACGUACGCUGAGAAAGUUAUUGUCCAGUGCACAACACUAUGCAGCCGAUGUAUGCUUUGAAUAUCCUGAUAACAACAAUCUAUGGGCUCAUCGAGCGAUAAUCCUUGCUCGCGCACCCAAAGUCUUUAUCUCUCAACACUUGCCUGAGUUAUUACAUGCACCCACCAAUAGCAGCAACAGCAACAGCACCAGGGAUGGACGUGUUGUUGUAUACAAGAACCCUAUUUUGCCUUAUCGCACGCUUGCACCGCUAUUGGAAUUUUGGUACACGGCCGAGAUUCAACCAACCGCCACCGCCACUGCCACUACUGAAGGAUACGACCCGUCGUCAUCAUCACCCAUACAAUCCACCUUAUCAUUAUCGAGUACACAAAGCAGCAGCAGCAGCAGUGCAUCCUCGAUGAGUGUGUCAACCGAUGAUGAUGGAGAUGAAAUCCUCCGAGGGAUUCGUGAGGAAGAACAGCUGCUUGGUACACCACUGCUGAUGAUGCCAUCAUGUGAUAACCCACUUGUUGCGGUAAAUCCACUGGAUCAACUCGUGGCCGACAUCACCCGCAUGUACAAACAUCAGCUUGCCGCUGAUGUCACUAUCCUUCUUUAUGCUGCAGGCGUCUCCUCCUCUUUCAACAAUGCCAGCAGUCGAAGUAGUACCAUAUCGGCUUGUGCAACAACCUCUUUUGCCGUACAUCGUUGCAUUCUCGCUGCCCAAUCCUCUUAUUUUCAUGCCAUGUUUUGCAAGGAAUUUUGUGAAGCAUCCAGCCCUGUCGUUUAUUUACCAAGCGAUGUAUUUACACCUGAUGCAUUUCAAGUCAUCCUCGAUUACUACUAUACGGGUCGUGUACAACUUGCUUUGAGGAAUGAUGAUGAUGACGAUGACGAGGAGGGUGGUGGUGGUGGUGAUACGACUACGACUACUACUACUACCAAUACACAGCUCUCAUUACUACCCACCCAUGAUGGACAUCGAUUGACACAAAAGAUCCUUAUGAUGCGUAUCUUCCAAGAUGCAUUCCGAGUAGCCGAGUACCUUGGCCAAUACGAGACUGUGUGCCAGGCUCUGAUGCAGGCAAUGGCUGACAUACUCAAACAAUACAAGUGCACGUGUCGUGACUGUGCAGCUCUAUUGCCAUCCAUGCUGUGGUUCGCCGAUCGGUAUGUCGCUGACCUGCGUGCACACAUUAUUUCAUUAUACACCGAUCCAGCAUAUGCACUUGCCACAUUAUGGCCUGCUCAUACAUUUGGCGUAUUGAUUGAAUCCAAACCAGCCUUGGCAAACGAGCUUGUGGAACGCAUGAAAAGCACCAACAUCAAAAAGCAGACGGCAAUCCAAGUCCUUGAAGCCCUUCAUCUUUGCCUUGCACGUGUACGCAAUCCAACGGUGCGUGAGAUUGUGGAGAAGCAGCUUGUGAAUCAUACGGUGCAAAUGAUAUCCGAUAAUUUCGAGUUUUAUUGUGUCGAGUAUCCAAUUCUUCUCUCAUGUGUGGAUGGCAUUGCCGUGGGCUCCGUUGACUUUUUGGAGUUUUUAUUAAUGCAAGUCGUGCAGCAUGGUAUCAACGAACGCAACGCAGGCGGACUCUACCAAGGCAUUGUGGGUGAUCUUAUUGGCCGACAUCAAGAAAUGGAUGUUGAUAGCGUCGUUGAUAAUGUCUUAAUGGAUGCACGUCAACAAUGUAUCGAUUACAUCGCCAAACACUGGAGCAGCAUCAAAUCUCAAGGUGGUUUUCGUGGUGUCGAUAAGGAAAUGAUGCGUCGUCUUUCAGAGGAUCUUGAUGUCUCCUAUCGAACUCUCACCAAACAUACGCUGGAUGCUGAAAUUGCUUCCUUGUUCAGCUUCAAGUCACGUAAACGCAGCUUUGGUGAUCUCAGAGGCCGUCGCAAUAGUACAUGCUCUAAUGCAAGUAAUGGAAGUUCGGGUGGUGGUGGAUAUCAUUCACGGCGUCGUUUAUCCUUGCUCAGUCUCAGAAGUCGACGCUCACAUGAAAGUUUGGCACCUGUUCAUCGCACCAUUUCAACACCUUCUCCAAGCAAAUUCCCCAACCUUAUACCAUCACGUUCUUUACCCACCAGAUCAUCAUCAGCAUCUCGUUCUUCAACUACAACAUCAUCAACGACCAACAACAAUAAUGCCACCAAUAGCCAUCAUUAUCAACAAGCUGACAAAUCAUCACCUGACAUGUCACAAUGCUCCAUUUCUUCCGCAGCUCUCAUUGACGCAUUGCUACCCAUUGAAUCAGCUUCGCCAUCAUCAGCAAAUAGUCGACGUAGUAUGAGCAACAAUAGCAUCAAGAAUGGAUCCUCUCAACCUACGACUAGCAACACGGGUGCUGGUCGACCCACACGCCUCCGUUUUGAAUUACCAAAAAUACCACAGCGUCCUAUUGUUGCACCCAAUCGACUCGUCUUGCAGAAAAAAUCAGAAAAGAAAAAAAAGAAACGAAGCCGAUCCCCCUUACGUUACUACCGCUUUGGAUUUGGAUAUGACAGCAGUGACGAAGAUGAAGAUUUGCCACAAGUCCCAGUAUUGGGUGCUCGAGUAAGACUAUUACGUCGUCCAUUACCCAUGACAGGCACCAUCAAGUUCAUUGGCCCUGUACAUUUUGCAAGAGGUAUUUAUGUCGGGAUCGAAUUGGAAAGUCGAUUGGGUAGCCAUGAUGGAACAUUGGAAGGACAUCGCUACUUUAGUACCAAUCAACAACGAGGCACAUUUUGCAAGUUGGACGAUUUCAAGAUCAUCUCGCUUCCUGCAUCAGCAGCAUCAUCUGCAUAG